UGGCGUGGCACAUUGCAAGGCGAAAAUAUUGCAGUCAAAAUAUUUUUCAGUCGUGUAGAAGAAUCUUGGAAAAGAGAAACGGAAAUUUAUAGUACAAUAUUACUGCGCCAUGAGAAUAUACUUGGUUAUAUUGGUUCAGAUAUGAUAUCACGCAAUUCAUGUACACAGUUAUGGUUGUUGACGCACUACUAUCGUGAUGGCUCACUCUUUGAUCACUUGAAUAGAAAUGCACUCAGUCAUAAUGAUAUGAUAAGAAUAUGUCAUUCAAUUGCAAAUGGGCUAACACAUUUACAUACUGAAAUCUUUGGCACUGAGGGUAAACCAGCAAUGGCACAUCGCGAUUUAAAGUCGAAAAAUAUACUUGUGAAGCAAAAUGGUACUUGUGUUAUAGCAGACUUUGGUUUGGCAGUUACACUCUCCCAUACGACUGGUAAAUUAGAUUUUGGAGACAACCCAAAAGUAGGCACGAAACGUUAUAUGGCUCCUGAAGUUUUAGAUGAAAGUAUAAAUUUGCAGUGUUUUGAAUCGCUCAGACGUACGGAUAUAUAUGCUUUGGGUUUAGUUAUUUGGGAGGUUUGUCGACGCACAAUCUCGUGCGGCUUUGCAGAGGAAUAUAAAGUGCCGUUUUAUGAUGUUGUACCAUCUGAUCCAAGUUUUGAAGAUAUGCGGAAAGUAGUAUGCAUAGAUAAUUACAGGCCAUGCAUACCAAAUCGAUGGAGUUCUGAUCCGCUUCUUGCUGGCAUGUCCAAAUUGAUGAAGGAAUGCUGGCAUCAGAAUCCUAGUGUUCGUUUGCCUGUGCUACGCGUUAAAAAGACUAUAAACAAAUUAUCUUCCGCAGACAAAAAUAUUCGUUUUAAUUAUGAUGAAGUUUGCGUUUAAGUUUUUAAAUUAAUUUUUCAU